AUAGACGAUACAAAAUUUUGUUGUCGCGUUGUCAAAAGAAAAGAAGGAAACUCCUGCAAAAAAGAGUUUUCCCUGGCUGCCACACAAGCUUUUCUGAAUAACUAAGGACAGGAAAAGAGUGUAUAAAGUAAAUUGAAAAUGGGCAAAAAGGAGGAAAAGGCACAGCCGGGAGAUGAGCUCGUCAAGGUCAACAAAUGGGAUGGAUCUGCAGUGAAGCACGCGCUAGAUGAUGCAGUGAAAACCUGCCUCCUGGGCGAUCGUCCCCAGUUGAAGGAACAAUUCGGCCUGGUCAACACCCGCUUGGCCCUUUGCGCCCUCGCCGUGCUCGUGGCCAUCAUGGCUCACGCUUGGGACUUCACCCACCCCUUCCCAGAAUCCCGUCCAGUGCUUCUAUUCAGCGUUCUCGCUUACUUCGCUCUCCUCGGCAUCCUUACCCUCCAUUCCAGUUUCCGCGAAAAGGGCACCUUUGCGGUAGCCCUGCAGAAGGACAAGGAACGAGAGCGCCUGUGGGAGGCCAGCUCAGACAUGCGAAAAUAUGACGACAAGUAUCUGCUGACUCUCAGCGUCCGGGACUCUAAAAAUGGCAAACGGCGCGAGCAGAGCAGCAACAAGUCUUGCGCUGCCUUCAUCGAUCAGAACGGCAUCGUUCUGGACAAUCUGGUGGCCAACGAGGUCAACCGUCUGUUCAAUUCCCUCGCCGCCGACAAGAAGGACAAGUAGCUGGAAGAGGAGCAAGUCCCAGGAGCAGUCAGCUAAACCCACAUCUUUUUUUUUAUUCUUAAACCAAAUUCCUCACUUUAUGUCUCAUUAAAUUACACUUUUGUGGUAA